AUGUCGAUUCAAAAAAUCAUUCGAAAUCUGAAAACGGUCCAAAGGCUUCACCCAUGUCUAGAAAUCUUAGAUGUCGUUUCUUCCAAUACUCCCAUGUCCUCCUCAUCUUCCUCUUCCCUGUCCAAUCUCGAUCUCAAAACUUUGCACCUCAUUCUGUCAGACCCUUAUGUCAAUGACUCAAAUUGCUUGAAACUCUUUAACUUCAUCAUCAAAAACCAGUCUUUCACCUCAUUUAAACCUGACCUUCAAGCCCAUUUGACCAUCCUUCGCAGGCUUGUCGAGGCGAGAAAUUUCUCACAGGCAGAGAAUCUCUUUAGGCCAGUAUUAAUCGAUGAGAAUUCCAGGUACCCAUUUCCUGCUAUCACUUCUACGGUUGAGAUUUUGUGCGAAAGAACCAUAAUUAAGGCCAAAUUGUUUAAUGUGAUGCUAAAAGUGUACUCUGAUAGUGGAAAGUUUGAUCAAGUGUUAGAGGUUUUUGAUUACAUGAAGAAUAAUGGAAUUGAGAUUGAUGGAAGGACUUGUACUGUGCAUCUUUUAACUCUUACAAAAGCUGAUCAGGUGGAACCGAGUUUAUAUUUCUUGAACCGAAUGCUCGAAUCGAAUGUGAAUGUUUCUGAGUAUUCUUUGAGUGCUGUGGUUGCUGGGUUGUGUUGGAAUGGGGAGAUUAAGAGAAGUAGGGAGUUGGUACAGGAGAUGGUUAGUAAAGGAGUAACACUUGGUACAAUUACAUUCAAUACAAUGUUAGACGCUUGUUCUAAGAGAUCGAACUUUGUGGAGUUGGGUUUGAUAUUGAGGUUGAUGGAAAAAGAAGGGCUGAGAUUCAAUAUCAACACAUACAGAAUUUUGAUCAAUGGAUUUACUAGCUCUGGAAAAGUUAAAGAAGCUGAAAGUUUGGUGAAGGAGAUGCAUGAUAAGGGAUUGAAAGUUGAAACUCAUUUGUACAAUUUGAUAAUACAUGGGUACUGUAGAGCAACUUGUACGGAAAGUGCGUGUUUGGUGUUUCAUGAAAUGGCUGAGAAAAAUCUAACCCGUAAUUCUGAUACAUACCUAGCUGUAAUAUCUGGUCUUUGCAACAACGGAGAGAUGGAGAAGGCAAUGGAAUACUUGAAUGAUAUGCAGAACAAGAGAAUUGAAGUGGACGGUCUUAUGUUCAAUACAUUGAUUGAUGGUUUUCGCAGCAAAGGAUUGAUUAACGAAGCCUAUGAGUUGCUACUUAUUAUGGAAAUGACCGGUUUUGUCGCUGAUUUAUCGUGUUAUAAGAUAUUGACGGGGCUAUGUAAGAUGAAUCAAAAAAGAGAAGCUACGAGACUGUUUAAUGUAAUGGUCAAAAGGGGUGCGGCUCCUAAAUUGGCGAGCUUCACUUCCUUGCUUGAUAUGUGAAGCAAAGAAAGGAAUUUGGUCAAUGUGAAAAUGGUGGUUUUGUUGCGAACAAAUUUGGAGCAAUCUUCAUCUGCUAAGCACUAAAUAUUUCAAAUGAAAGGAUUUCACGAAGAAGUGGAGAAUAGAAACAUUUAAAGUUUGGUCAGAGAACACCGACUUGUAUAAACGUUUCUAAUUGAAAUUACUGCAAAUUCAUUCACUAGUAGAUUUUUUUUUCCUUGAGAUUGUUCCAUCCGGGAUGUGCGACCGAGUGUUCCUUCAUUGUUUUCAGAACUGUCAAGGAAAAUGUGACGUUUUCAUGCUUUGAACUUUGAGGACGCCACUGUUUUAAUACUGGAAUUCUGAUUCAAAUGAAUCGAAGCUAUACAAUGUAUUUUCUUGUACCA